CUAGAUUUACACCUCAGUAGGUAGAUUAGACUCGUGGAACAACCAAAGCAUUCACAGUAGUCGGUGGGAAAGGAGAAAAGGAUGGCAGCUCCACAGAACGGAUCCAACUUAACGACCAACUAUACCAACCAGUUUGUGCAGCCUCCGUGGCGCAUCGCUCUCUGGUCCGUAGCCUACAGCUUCGUUCUGGCGGUGGCGGUGUUCGGAAACCUCAUUGUGAUAUGGAUCAUUCUUGCCCACAAGCGGAUGAGGACGGUGACAAACUACUUUCUACUAAACUUGGCGUUUUCGGACGCGUCGAUGGCCGCGUUUAACACUUUGAUAAACUUUAUCUACGCUGCCCACGGGGAAUGGUACUUCGGGGAAGCGUAUUGCAAAUUCCACAACUUCUUCCCGGUCACAUCGGUGUUUGCAAGCAUCUACUCCAUGACUGCGAUAGCUGUGGACAGGUACAUGGCCAUCAUCCAUCCCCUGAAGCCUCGUCUUUCAGCGAAGGCCACCACAGGAGUCAUCGUCUGUAUCUGGAGCCUGGCUGUGGUUCUGGCCUUCCCUCUCUGCUACUUCUCCACCACCCGAACUCUGCCCCGCAGGACCCUCUGCUACGUGGCCUGGCCCCGCAUGGCCGACGACCCCUUCAUGUAUCAUAUCAUAGUUACAGUUAUGGUCUACGUGCUGCCAUUAGUGGUGAUGGGCAUCACUUACACCAUCGUUGGGGUGACUCUGUGGGGAGGGGAGAUUCCAGGAGACUCAUCUGAUAACUAUCAUGGACAGCUCAGGGCUAAAAGGAAGGUGGUGAAGAUGAUGAUCAUCGUAGUGGUGACCUUUGCCCUCUGCUGGCUGCCUUAUCAUGUCUACUUCAUUGUGACAGGUCUCAACAAGCGUCUGAUCAAGUGGAAGUACAUCCAGCAGGUUUACCUGUCAGUGCUGUGGCUGGCAAUGAGCUCCACCAUGUACAACCCCAUCAUCUACUGCUGCCUCAACAGCAGGUUUCGAGCUGGCUUCAAGCGAGCGUUUCGUUGGUGCCCAUUCAUCAAGGUGUCCAGCUACGACGAGUUGGAACUACGCUCGACACGGCUACACCCAACGCGCCAGAGCAGCAUGUACACGCUGUCACGAAUGGAUACAACCACGGUGAUGGUUUACGACCCUGUCGAGGGUGGUGGCGGUGCUGCCGGUGGCUCCGGAAGGAAGCACUCCCUGUCUGCUAGGAAGAGAAGCUACAUCACGUCUCGCCAUACAGAGAUCACAGGAUGCAACGGUGGCAGUGUUAAAACGCCAAAUGGAGUGGCUCCAAGCGCUCAACCUGAGGAGUUCUCUUGAAGGGUGUUCUCACAGACUUACAAAAAGUAAAUGUGUUCACAUGCAUAAUACACUGUAUAUAUAAAACAGUGCGGAGAUGUUUGCUUAAUUUAGACAUAGAAACAUUGUAUCAAGGUGAAAGUGGUGCAGGGUAUGACCACAUGGAUAUAGAGAUUAUUGAAUAUUUUAACUUGAUGGAUCACAGACUUUUUUAAGAUACUCUGGAGCAUGGAUGGAUUACUAAGCGGGCUAAUUGGGCAAGUCAAUGUUUCUAGCAGUUCUAAUUAAAAUGUCACACAGCUCAAUCUAUUAUGGUUGUUUUUCUCCUGAUUCUUUAAUAUUGGAAAUUAGCUGAUACAGGGCGUGAUCAAAGUACUACAGUAAAAAAACCUAAGCAAUUUAAAUUUGUUUUACAGCAGAACAGCUCUGCUUCAAGAAACUAUAGUAUGUGAAACAGGUUUUUUCCCAAUGUUUCCCAUAAGAUUUUGUGUAUUAUCUUUAAGUAUUUUCUAUUAUAUCUGUGGAAAGGAGUGUCAGUAUGGUUCCGGGGCCUGUUUCACAAAGAGCAGUGCAUUCACACAUAUCCCAAAAGGUGGAUCGUUAGCCACUGGGUCUGUGAUGUGUAGUGUCCUGGUGUUGGACCCUUUACAUGUCUGGGUCCAAGGGCCCCAUGUCUCAUAAUCUGCUCAUGAUCAGGAGAAGCCUAAACAACUCACAAGUUGAACAAUGCUUACAGUGUACGGUAUGAUCAUCUAAAUUACACUUUGCCAUUGAGUGAUAUUUUCUCCACUUAUCCAGUCAGCAUCCCUUUGCAAUAAUGAAAUUCUGUAAGUAUUUGUCCCUCCUUCUUUACCCAAACAUUCAGCUCUGUUUGAGAUUAGCAUUUAAACACAGUCAGUGCAUUGCUGUUUUCGUUAAGGUCUCGGUCACUCAGUUCAAACAAGUGAUAACGACAUGACUCAGUUCUACUUGGAGAUUUUCAAUUAAAAUAUUUGUUAAGAUGGUGAGACCAUCUCACAGUGGAGAUAAUCUGAAAAUACAUCAUGGUGAUUGUAAUUUAGUUAGUAUGACAUAGUUUUCAUUUGUAAGUAUUAACUGUGAACUGUGUGACACAGAGGUUACACUCUGCAUCUGUUUCCCCCCUGAAGCCAUGAAUGAGGCUGCAGAGAAUCACCAAUGGAAUAGCUCUUGAUUGAACUCUGUUUGACUCUAUAUGUGGCUCCGAGUUCAGCUCUGAAAGUACUGAAACUGCAUUUGGCUUUCCCAUUAUGUAACACGUAAGAAAAAUGUUUCCUGGGAACUGGCCACAAGCCAGAGGCAAAAUCCAGUGUACAUUUGUAACACAUAAAUAAACAGGCUGCUGGAGAAUGAGCAAAUUGAAAUAUAUAUAAAAUAAUGGAAGCUGCACAGUAAGGUGCAAUCAGGCUUUCUUUUACUGUUCAAUAAUGUUCUUUUAAAUGCCUUCUUAUAAUGUGUUAUCAGAAAGCAGGACAGUUUUCAUCUAUUGCAGUUGUUGGUUCUGUUGGUGUUUCAGUAGUUUCUUCCAGCAUGCUGUUAUCCUGUGUUGCAUCUUAAUUUAACUCGCUGCUUGUGCGCACAUGAAGUGUUGAAACUGCACCAAGCAAUACACUAGCCUGUGUGAUGUUGGGUUUACAAUAUAAUAAGUGGAACCAUACUGUGACGAGUACGACUACAUGAGCUACAGGAACAGUAUGUCUCAUCUGACUCAGUACACAGCAACACACAUACAAGACUACUAACAAGAGUGAGAAAAACCCUUACUGUAUGUGUGUACUAUAUGAGUAUUGCUAUAACUCACUGCUGAAAAUUAAGCAUGUUAAUAUUUUGCCAUCAAUCAGACUCUUUAAAGAUACUUUAAAAAAUAACUUAUUGAGUGUACUGCUAGUUGCAGUAAAAGCUGAAUUUGGAGUCCAGCCGUUUGUGAUAGCAGGUUAUGUAUACAUUUAAUACAAUUAUACAUCGUUAAACAAAAGGCAAAGGUUCCCAGCAAAGGAAGAAAAAAAACUCCAUAAUUAUUCUUACCAACAGUUCUGAAUGUUCAGACUUCAUGAAAGUAUUUACACAAGAAUGUGAAAAAUGUGAAUUUUUAAGCUGUUGUCUGAUCAUUAUAUUGAAGUUUGUGAAAUAUUUGUAUGUGGUGAGUUGUGUUUUUUUUUUUAUGCUUUUCCGUAUAAAAAGUAUGUGUUUUGUAUGAAUGUACAGUACAAUGUGUGCCUCUAUCGCCGUCAAGUCGUGACCGUAUUAUUUGUUGUCUUUAAAGGAGAACUAGUUCAUUUCAAUCUGAGCCUCAUUUCUUUGUUCUUACCGCCACAGAAUCGAGUCUGAAGUUAUUAUUACUUCCUUUCCUAUUUUGUCCCUUUUACUUUACAGAAAGCACUGCCUACGGAAGCCCUAAGGCCGCCAUCGAUUCAAAUAUUUUUUUAUUCCAUUUUCCUGUGAUAACGGGAUCAUUUUCUCGUGAUCUCGAGAUAACAAACCAUAGCUAAAUACAGCAGUUGGCACUGGUUAGCUCAGAUGGUAGGGUGUAGGACUUAUAAUCUAAGGAUUGUGGGUUUGACUCAAGCAACUACUUUACUACUACUUUUGUGUGUUUUUUAUCAUCCUCUUCAACAAAGUUGUUAUGAAGUGAUUAAGGGGAAUCCCAUCACACAUUUCCCGACGGCAAUUUCAAAGGUUCCGAAAUUGCGUAAGUUCCGAAAAUGAUGAAUUUCCUCUGCCUGGGAAUGAUGGGUGAAUGAAAAGUCCAGCCUCCAACGUGCUUUAUUGUGAGCAUGUGAAACCGUCUCUACAUAAGAAUUUUGUUGAAGAGGAUAAUGAAAAAGAUAAAAAAGAAAAAAAUAGGUCAUAAGUGAGGAUUGAAUACACAACCCUACUAUCAUAAGUCUUGUGCUCUACCUACUGAACUAACCAGUAACACUGAAAACAAUACUGAAAUUAUCAUUAAGAAAUGUUCGUGCCAACCCCAUUAUCACGGGAAAACAACAUGCGUUAUUUCAAGAUCAAGAGAUAAUUAUCCCGUCAUCACGGGAAAACAAAGUAAAAAAAUAUUUUAGUCGAUGGCCGCUUAGGGCUUCUGUAACUGCCUCACUACAAAACAGGACUCUGGUUGAAAAUAACUAUUUUAUUCUCCUUUAAACAAAUAAUUAUAAUGUUGUUAUUGCUGGCAAAUAAUUAUUUUGGCAAUUUGAGAUGAAGAAUUGUAUACACUCUCUGUUACUUAUGAUACUAGUGACUUCAAAUGGUUUUUCAUUGCUCUGCAUUGGUCAGUGCUGAUGUAUUUGCUUAAUGUAGCUUUAUUUCAGCAGUCUUCCUCAUAGUAUCAUGAGUGUUGAAACGUGACAUUACAUGCUUAUGAUGAAAUGUAACCGUGACUUGUUGCAAAUGCAGUCAAAUUUUACUGAGAAAAAACCCUGAGCAAUAGUGUUUUGUUUUAUGUUAGUUGUCAGCAACAAUUCAGGUUAUUGUAAUAAUUCGCAACUUUUAAAUAUCUCAAUUUGUUUAUAUUUCUCAAUUAUGUAUACCCUAAAGCAGGGCUUUUCAAAGUCUGAGACUGCGGGCCUCCCAGUCAGUGAAUGUUUCACUUCCAUUCACUGAGCCUCCACUGAAACAGUUUGGAGCCCCCCUACGGAGGCCUGCCUCACACUUUGAAAACCCCUGCCCUAAAGCAUAGAUUCGACCCUGUAGAAGAAAACUGCAAUAAUUUUCUUGCAAUUAACUCUACCACCUCAUCUCACAAUUACAUCUAAGCAUUUUAAUUAUUUUGUUAUUAUGAGGUACUUUUCUCAUAAUUACCAAAUGUUUGUCUUGUUAUACUGGGAAGAUAAAGAAUGCACACCUUAUGAGCAGAAACUGCAAGAAAAAAGUAACCAGUUCAUUGCUACCACUGCCUUCCACAAAAACACACAAAUUAUGUUUAAUUUGUAUAAUAAAAAUAUAUAUAUAAAAAUAAUACUCUCUCUGUAGACGUGAUCAGUGCACUGCACAGACUGAAAUUCUGUCAUUCUGCUAUAUUUAAGCGCUUCAGCCACAGAACAAAAAACUCAUGGUUAUUCAUUUUUUGGUGUAGAAGCUGCUGUCAGAUCAUUGAAAUGCAGUGCAGUGACCACUCACCCCCAAAUGAGUCACAGAAAUUGAUCAAAAAAAUGUUGCGGAUUAUAACAUUAAGUUGUCUUUUAUUAAAGUGUAGAUAUGUGUCGUUGUCUUGCUAUAGAAAAUUGGUUAAUAAACCAUUCAUACUUUAA